CCUUCCCUCAAACUCUCUCUCUCUCUCUCUCUCUCUCUCUCAUUCAUUUUUCCCGCAGUUUUUCUUAAAUGAUAUUAACGCUUUUUCCUUCAUUUUCACUUUAUUUUUCUAAAUCGACUCUUUCAUAAUUAAUGAUUUAUUUAUUUAUUUUGCAGGGUUCUCUUGAAGCUUGUUUCCGGGAAGGUUCUGUUAAACUUUGUUCAGCUUAAUUCGUACAAGAUUUCUCUGCUGGAGGAAAACGCGGGUGGACAGCAAAAACGCAUGUUGCGAAUGUAGUUUUAGGUCUAAUUGGAAAAACACAUAUUAAAGAACAAAAUUCUUUUGGCUGAAAAAUUGGGAUUUUGUCAUUGAUGCUGGAUCAUCAUUUGGCACUAGAGCAUAAUAACAAUCUCAUCAUGGGCCAUGGUCAUAAUUCAGGGUUUGAACAGACCCAUGAUAUUGACAUGGACUUAGGUGACGGCCAUGACCAUGGCUUGGGUUUAGGACAUACCCAUGGACUAGCUCUUGGGUUGACAUAUGAACACGGAAUGGCUCCUCAACAUGCAGAUGUUGCAAAUUGUGAAGAAGAUGGUUUAGAAUUGGACGGAAAUAAAGAUUAUGUAGCUGAUCAAGAACUUACUGAUGCUGAAAACCAUAAUGAUGAAUUGGCUCAUACAGCUCAGGAUCAUGCCCUUGGUUUAUGUGAUACUCAUGGGUUGGUUGUUGUAGAAAACCAUGAUCUUCAGGUGAGCUUAGAUCUAGCUGUGGACCAGAAUCAUGAGAUGGGUAUCGUACCUGUCUCAGAUAUGGCACCUGAGCUAGUUGGUACUCCUGUCCUCCAGUCCAGAGCCCUAGUUUUGGAUUCUGAUGUCAAACUGACUGUUGGACAAGAGUUUUCUGAUGUCCAUAGUUGCCGAAGAGCACUGAGGGAUGCAGCCAUUGCUCUUCGCUUCGAGAUGCAGACAAUCAAGUCUGACAAAACUCGUUUUACUGCCAAAUGUGCAAGUGAGGGAUGCCCUUGGCGAAUUCAUGCUGCAAAGCUUCCAGGUGUUCCUACCUUCACAAUUAGAACCAUCCAUAAGCCACAUACCUGUGGUGGAAUUACCCAUCUCGGUCAUCAACAAGCCUCAGUGCAGUGGGUUGCAGAGUCUGUUGAACAGCGCCUGAGGGAAAAUCCGAAUUAUAGACCGAAGGAGAUAUUAGAAGAGAUACACCGGGUCCAUGGGAUCGCAUUAUCAUACAAGCAAGCAUGGAGGGGGAGGGAGCGAAUCAUGGCCUCAGUUCGCGGAUCAUUCGAGGAAGAUUAUCGUCUGCUUCCCCAGUAUUGUGACCAGAUAAGAAUGAAAAAUCCAGGAAGUAUGGCGUUCGUUCAUGGGAAUCCUGUUGAUGAUAACUGUUUCCAACGCCUAUUUAUUUCCUUUCAAGCAUCAAUUUAUGGGUUUUUAAAUGCAUGCCGGCCAUUUAUAGGACUUGAUAGGACUCCUUUGAAAAGCAAAUACCUUGGGACGUUACUUUUUGCCUCUAGUUUUGAUGGAGAUGGUGCUUUGUUUCCUUUGGCAUUUGGGGUGGUUGAUGAGGAAAAUGAUGAUAACUGGAUGUGGUUCCUUUCUGAGCUGCAUAACCUGCUUGAAAUUAAUGCAGAGAACAUGCCAAGGCUUACACUUUUGUCUGAUAGGAAGAAAGCAAUCGUGGAUGGAGUAGAAGCAAACUUCCCAACUGCUUUCCAUGGGUUUUGCAUGCACCAUCUUAGUGACAGUUUCCAGAAGGAGUUCAACAGUGCCAUUCUCAUCAAUCUUCUUUGGGAGGCUGCUCAUGCUCUCACUAUCAUUGAGUUUGAAGCCAAAAUCCUUGAGAUUGAAGAGAUCUCACAGGAUGCUGCCUAUUGGAUUCGACGAAUCCCACCUCGCUUGUGGGCCACUGCGUAUUUUGAGGGAACAAGAUUUGGCCAUCUGACAGCUAAUAUAGCUGAAUAUUUGACUACUUGGAUAGUUGAAGCUUCUGGGCUUCCAAUCAUUCAAAUGAUGGAGUACAUUCGUCGGCAGCUGAUGACUUGGUUUAAUGAGCGCCGUGAAGCAAGCAUGCAGUGGACAACUAUACUUGUUCCUUCUGCCGAACGGCGCGUGUCAGAUGCCAUUGAGUGUGCACAUAACUACCAAGUGCUCCGAGCAAAUGAAGCUGAAUUUGAAGUCAUAUCACAUGAAGGCUCACAUAUAGUGGACAUUCGAACCCGUUGCUGUUCAUGUCGUGGAUGGCAACUUUGUGGGCUGCCUUGUGCUCAUGCUGUGGCAGCUCUUCUUUCUUGCAGGCAGAAUGUUUAUCGAUUUACUGAAAGUUGUUUCACAGUGGCAAAUUAUCGCAAGGCAUAUUCACAAACGAUACACCCAAUCCCAGAUAAAACAAUGUGGAAGACGUCAGAGGUAUUUCAGAAUGACGGGGAUAAAGAUGUUGAGGUGGUCAUAAACCCGCCAAAAUCACUCCGGCCACCUGGACGACCAAGGAAACGGCGAGUUCGUUCAGAGGAUGGUGGUCGUGUGAAACGCGUUGUGCAUUGCAGCCGCUGCAAUCAGACUGGCCAUUUUCGAACAACAUGUGCAGCACCUAUAUAGAGAGAGAUUUGUCUAGCUCUAGUUUUUAGCUGCCUUUGUUUUCAGAAUUUUUUCCUUAAUUAUUUCAUAGGAUUCUCUAUAGAAAUAUUCAGCUUAGAUAGGCGACAGCUUCACAUGUCCACUCCAUUGUUUGUUUUAAAUAUUGGCUAUUGCAUUGUUUC